CUGCACGAACUCAGUCUUUCCAUUUCUUCCUCAAAAACGGACUACAGCCGCCUGGAUCAGAACGGAGCUCGUGGCAGAAAGGGAACCGUCUCGACGCGUUAAUAAGGACCACGAUUACGCACGUUGCUUGGAUAUUUUCCCUAACCAAAAACUGGAUUUUGACUACAACCUUAAACCCAGAAAAAGAAGAGCGCCGAGUCUGCAUAGGAUGUCUUGUUAAAUCAGCGGCGUUUAUUUUCGGAACCUGCUUUUUCCCCCCGAACAUCGCGAAUAUCUCAGUCUUUGGGGCUCUGCUUAGGCGUUUUCUUCUGUCAACGUCAACGUCUGUCGGCCAGUUGUGUUCGUACGUCAGCGCGGGACAGAUGACGACCGAGAGCCCCCACGGACCGCCGCGCUCGACGCCCCCGAUCAGGACCAGUCCGGCGUCCAACGCGCUGCAUCCGGGACUGAUGAACUCGACAGGUAGCUUGGAGGACCACGGCGCAGUGUCCAAGACUAAAAAGACCAACUCGGGACUGCGACGCCCGGAGAAACCGCCCUACUCGUACAUCGCACUCAUCGUGAUGGCCAUUCAGAGCGCACCGACAAAGCGCCUCACGCUGAGCGAGAUCUACCAAUUCCUGCAAACGCGCUUCCCCUUUUUCCGAGGCUCGUACCAGGGCUGGAAAAACUCUGUUCGGCACAACUUGUCUCUGAACGAGUGCUUCAUUAAACUACCGAAAGGUCUCGGGCGGCCGGGGAAGGGGCAUUACUGGACUAUAGACCCCACCAGCGAGUUUAUGUUCGAGGAAGGGUCGUUUCGGCGAAGACCGCGAGGAUUUAGGAGGAAAUGUCAGGCCAUGAAACCCAUGUACAGAAUGAUGAACGGCCUAGGGUUCGGUUCCGCCAUUUUACCCCAGAGCUUCGAUUACCAACCUCCCGCGGGCGCACUCGCGUGCCACGGCACUGGCUACAACCUGGACCUGUCCGGUAAUGGUUACGAUUCAAUAAACAGCGGGCACCACGGCCACAUGUCCCCCAGCUCGAGACACGGUUACAUGGCAAGCUGUCCAGUGCCUGGCAACGGAGACUACGGCGCCGAGAACAACACCAGUCCGGUCUCGUCUUCCCCUGCAAUAGCUGGGGCGCUUGAGGGCCACUCGCCGUAUUCAGAGGGAGCAGCGCUAUGGGCCUCUUCUUCUAAUUCUCCGUACCUAAAACAGCAGACUACGGUCUCGAGCAAUUCGCCGUCCGCGGGGCAGCAUCCGGGCAUAUUCACCUACUCCCUGGAGCAGGGUUACAUACAGCCGGGUGCGAGAGACAACACGGACAUGUCAGUUGGUAUAUCGCGCUACCCGACACAUUCGUCCCCAGUCGGAGAACGGAAGGACUUCAUGUUGAAUUUUAACGGAAUAAGCUCUUUCCACCCGUCCGCUGGGGGAUACUACCAUCACCAUCAUCAUCACCAUCACCACCAUCAGAGCGUGCAUCAAGACGUCAAACCUUGCGUGAUGUAGUGCGCUUGACGCGGAGCGAGUCGCACAAAGAUAAGCACUUGGAGAGCUGUGAGGUAAAGAGACUGAAUGAAGGAUUGAUGACCGUGCACUCACGAGAUGCGUGGAAAGAGACGGACUUGUGCUGCUUACAUUUCAAUAGAGUUUGAAUUAAGCACAUAUAAGUAUAUUUCACUUAAUCUGUACAGUGCAAUGAUGUUAGCAAUAAAACAUUUCAAAGGAAA